AUGAAUGGUGAAAAAGAUAUAUAUCUUGAUAAGGAUGGAUAUCCGGAUGUGACGUUAGCGGAACCAAAUCACUACAGCAACAUCGCAACUAAAGAUACGAUAGUGUCGUUACAACAACCGAAAACAGGCUGUUACGCAAACAAAUGUAAGAUUGUAAUAAUAUGUGUUAUACUUGUGAUAAUUCUUUCCAUUGCUCUUUUGUUAUUUUUCUAUUUUGGAAUUCGUUUACCCCGUUCUAUUAUUCCCUCAAAUUACGAAUUGGAAAUUAAAGUGGAUUUAACGAAUUUUGAAUUUAAAGGAUCUGUGAAUAUAAGUAUAAGUGUGAACGAAACGACAAAAUAUGUUAUAUUCCACCGUAGUCGGAUUCAAAUCAUUGAAAAUUCCAUUCGGAUCAUCCCAAGACUGGACGUAGCACACCCCAGAAUAAAAAGACAGUUUAUUCCACCCAAUACCGAAUAUCAUGUACUGGAAUUAGAACAAGAAAUAUGGAAAGGAUCCCAGUAUGUGUUGCAAGUGGGAGAAUAUGAAGGGAAUAUCAAAGCCAAUUUACGUGGAUUAUACAGGAGCUCUUUUAAGACCAAAGAUGGUUUGAAACGGUACUUGGCCAGUUCUCAGCUACAAUCAACGGAAGCAAGAAGUGUGUUUCCUUGCUUUGACGAACCUGAUUUUAAAGCUACUUUUAAUGUCAUCAUUAUUCAUCAGCCAGGAUAUGAAGCCUUAAGUAACAUGCCCUUACAAAAAUCCUCAGUAUUAAACAAUGGCUGGUUAAGAAAAGAAUUUUCACAAACACCAAUCAUGUCUACUUAUAUCCUCGCCUUCGUUGUUGCUGAUUUCAAGAGUAGAACCUACACAUUUAAAUCUGGAUACACGCUUAAAAUUUGGGCUCAACCGGACGCUUAUUCACAGACAGAGUACGCUCUGGAUUUUACAGUAAAGGCUUAUGACUUCUUUACGGAAUAUUUUGGUAUUCGUGAUGUUAUUCCAAAAGCAGAUCAUGUAGCAGUUCCUGAUUUUUAUGCUGGUGCGAUGGAGAACUGGGGUUUAGUGAUAUAUAGAGAAACAGCCUUAUUGUUUGACCCACAAGUCUCUUCCAGUAAAAAUAAAUAUACUGUUACUUUGAUAAUGGCCCAUGAAAUAGCUCACACGUGGUUUGGUAAUAUGGUAACAAUGAAAUGGUGGGAUGACCUUUGGUUAAAUGAAGGAUUUGCUAGUAUAUUAAUGUAUUUUGGUAUGAACGCAGUUUAUCCAGAAUGGAACGUGUUAGCUACUCAAGUUGUGGAAGAUAUGUUUCCAGUAAUGGAGAAGGAUGCUUUGUCUACAUCUCAUUCUGUUUCUACUGAUGUGAAAGAUCCUAAUGAUAUACAACAAUUCUUUGAUAUGAUAUCUUAUAACAAAGGUAUGUCUAUAUUAAGAAUGCUGGGAAGUUUUAUUGGUUUAGACAACUUUAGAAAGGGUCUUCAGAUGUAUGUAAAGCGGUAUAAAUUUAAGAAUGCUGCUAGAGAUCAACUAUGGCAAACUUUUACAGAGGCAGUAAAUCAUACGUAUGUAAUUAAACCCAUCAUGGAUACCUGGACAAGACAGAUGGGAUAUCCUGUUGUUGACGUCAUCCUGUCCGAUGGUGUUUACGUUUUGAAUCAAAAGCGGUUUUUGUUUGGUACAGAUGAUAGCAAAGAACCAAAUCCUUUUGGAUAUAAAUGGUACAUUCCAUUUACAUAUGUUACACAAGACAGUCCUCAUAAAAAACAUCAAGUAUGGUUGAAUCUUGGAUCGGCUAACAUACCUAAAAGUAAGGGUUGGUUAUUGGGUAACUAUGAUUUUACUGGAUUUUAUCGAGUAAAUUACGAGGGCGAUAUGUGGAAACAACUUGCUCAACAACUUGUUAAUGACCAUACUGUAUUUCUAGAAACUAAUCGAGCUGGGUUGAUUGGGGAUGCUUUUGCUUUAGCAAGGGCUAAUUUGUUGGAUUAUUCAAUGGCUCUCAACAUGACGGUAUAUUUAAAAUCUGAACAGAGUUAUAUCCCUUGGAGAGCUUUCUUAGAUUCUGUUAAAUUUUUAAAUGGUAUGAUUGCUAAUACAGCCGCCUAUGGAAAGUUACAGAAAUAUUUAAGUGAUUUAGUGGCCCCUGUUUUUGAAAGAGUCGAUGCUUCAGACAGAGGUGAUUUGCCCGAGAGGUAUUUAAGGCAGAUUAUUCUUACCAUGGCAUGUGAAGUUGGAGUAGAGAAAACAGUCAUCUAUGCUAAAUCCAUGUUUAAUGCAUGGAAAAAAUUCAGCACCAGAUUACCAACUGACUUCGCUAUGAUAAUAUAUUCUGUUGGUGUCAGAGAAGGGGGAGCAGAAGAAUGGGAUUUUGUUUGGAACAAAAGUCAAGUAACUAAUGUUGCAUCAGAAAGAGCUAUGAUGAUGGAAGCUCUGGCACAAUCACAGAAACCUUGGCUGUUAUGGAGGUAUAUAACAUGGGUUUUUGACCCUGAAAAAAUCAAUCGACAAGAUGUCCGACUUGUCUUUGGUUAUUAUGUUAAAAAUCCCUUAUCAAGAAUGGUGGCCUUAGAUUUUGUGUUAAGUAAGUGGCAAGAUUUGAAUAGAAGAUUCCCUAAUGAUAUGCCCGAAAUAAUAACAGAAGUAACAACUUAUAUCAAUACAGAAUUUAAACUGAAACAGUUAGAGACAUUAAUUGCUGAAUAUCCACCAAAAGCUGCAUUAAAAGCCGCUGCUAAUGCUGUAGCUCUUAUAAGAUCCAACAUUGAGUGGAUGAACAAUCAUUAUCAAACAACAACUGAAUGGUUAGAAAACCGUAUAAACAUGGAGGAAGAACAGACAGUGUGA